AUGGAGGACUACCAACAGGGAGCGACAAUUCAUGUCAAUGUCAACAAUUCAACAAGCAGCAUUGAAGUAUUAGAAUCUUCCGAUCUCUGGGAUGGCAGAGACGCAUCCUGCUGGACAAGGCAGUUUUUGGCCAAGCGCUUGGAGUUUGGCGCUUAUCACCGGCUGGUCCAGGAGCUGCGACUCUGGGAUGGAAAUGCUUUUAAAAACUUCUUCCGACUGCCCAAGCUGCUGUUCGAUUCUGUUCUGUCCGUCGGGGGUCCAAAAAUCGCUCGGCAGGAUACCAGCUACCGCCAGGCGAUCUCCCCUGCGGAGCGCCUGGCAAUCUGUUUGAGAUACCUGGCAACAGGGGACUCCUACAAGUCCUUGGGGUACAUCUUUCGGGUUGGUGUUUCCACGAUCUCACGCAUCGUGCCAGAGGUCGCAAAUGCCAUCUGGGACGGCUUUGUGAGAACUCACAUGCAGAUGCCAAAAGAGGAGGAAUGGAGAGCCAUCGCAGAGGAGUUCAAGAAGGAGUGGGACUUUCCCAACUGCAUUGGUGCGAUAGAUGGGAAACACGUCACGAUCCGGGCUCUACCCUGCUCAGGUUCCAUGUACCACAAUCAUAAGGGGACCUUCUCGAUUGUGUUGCUGGCAGUAGUGGAUGCAAACUACUGUUUCAGGAUGGUGGACGUCGGUGCCUAUGGGAAAGGGAGUGAUGGCGGUACCCUGAGAGCAUCUGCCUUCGGAAAAGCCCUUCAAGCAGGCACACUCCACAUCCCAGCUUACAGAAGCCUUCCUGGUGCUUCCGAGCUUGGUGAGAUGCCACACGUGUUUGUGGAGGACGAGGCCUUCCCUCUGCAGAAGCACAUCAUGAGGCCCUACCCUGGAAACAACCUGACAAGGCAGAAGCGGUUGUUCAACUACCGUCCGUCUCGGGCUUGUCUGGUGGUCGAGUGUGCCUUUGGGAUCCUUGCAUCCAUGUUCCGAAUGUACUACAGAGUGAUGGGGCAAAAUCCUGAGCAUGUGGAAGCCUGUGUAAAGGCAACCUGCAUCCUCCACAACCUGCUGAGGUCAACAGAGGCCACACCUCCAUCAAGAGACGAAGCAGUCCCCUUAGAAGGAGGCAGGCGUCUUGGAACAAACAACUCCACCAAGGAAGUGAUGCAGGAGAGGGAGAGGUUCAUGACCUAUUUCAACAGCGCUGCUGGCAAGGUUUCAUGGCAGAAUAAUAGUUUGAUACCAUCAUCUUCAUAA